UCAGUGCAAAACAGCUGCAGUUCACCUUUCACCUCCCACCUGUUAACCUCCUUCCUGUUGGUCCUUCUCCCGGGGCUCACUCAUUUCUCUCAGGCCGGCUCUGGCCACGCAGCCAGUAACGCACCGGGAAACUGCUCCAGCGAGGACAGCUGCUCUGAAGGAGUGGUGCUGCCCACCUGGAACCCCCAAAAUCCCUCAAUGGGGGACAAAGUGGCACGCGCCAUUGUGUACUUUGCAGCUCUCAUAUACAUGUUCCUGGGCAUGUCCAUCAUCGCAGACCGCUUCAUGUCUUCCAUUGAAGUCAUCACCUCUCAGGAAAAGGAGAUCACUAUCAAGAAGCCCAAUGGCGAGACCACCACAGCCACUGUGCGCAUCUGGAACGAGACCGUAUCCAACCUCACCUUGAUGGCGUUGGGCUCCUCCGCUCCAGAGAUCCUGCUUUCAGUCAUUGAAGUGGUUGGCCAUGAGUUUGAGGCCGGCGCGCUGGGCCCCAGCACCAUUGUGGGCAGCGCUGCAUUCAACAUGUUUAUCAUCAUCGCCAUCUGUGUGUAUGUUGUGCCAGAAAACGAAACCCGCAAGAUAAAGCACCUGCGGGUGUUCUUUGUUACUGCCACCUGGAGCGUGUUCGCUUACAUCUGGCUGUAUCUGAUCCUGGCUGUAAUCUCCCCCGGGGAGGUGGAGGUGUGGGAGGCAGUCCUCACCUUCUUCUUCUUCCCGCUCUGCGUGAUGCAAGCCUGGAUCGCGGACCGGCGCCUGCUCUUCUACAAGUACGUCCAUAAGCGCUACCGUGCUAACAAGUCCCGCGGCAUCAUCAUAGAAACUGAAGGCGAUGCCAUGUUCACCAAAAUGGACCUGGAGGUGGAUGGUCAGGGUGUCAACUCCCACAACCAUCCCAAGGAGGCUCUGGACGGGAUGCUGGAGGGGGUGGAGGAAGGUGGGGGGGUCAGUCCAGGCCUUGACCAGGAGGAAGAGGCUCGUCGGGAGAUGGCUCGCACUUUGAAAGAGCUGAAACAGAGACACCCGGAAAAGGACAUGGAACAGCUGAUUGAGAUGGCCAAUUACCAGGUGCUGGUCCAGCAACAAAAGAGCCGGGCCUUCUACCGCAUCCAAGCCACGCGGAUGAUGAUUGGAGCCGGCAACAUUUUGAAAAAGCAUGCCGCCGACCAGGCCAGGAAAGUGGUGAGCUGUCAUGAGGCCAGUGGCCAGGAAGAGGAUCCCCACACCAUUUACCUCCAGUUUGACCACACUCACUACCAGUGCUUUGAGAACUGUGGUUCACUUAAGCUGUCAGUCGGGCGCCAUGGAGGAGAAAGCGGCUGCACUGUAAAGGUGGAUUACCGCACGGAGGAUGGAACUGCCAAUGCUGGCUCAGACUACGAGUUUGCUGAAGGCACGCUGGUCUUCAAGCCCGGUGAGACAGUGAAGGAGUUUACCGUUGGUGUCAUAGAUGAUGACAUCUUUGAAGAGGACGAGCAUUUCUACGUGCACCUCAGCAACCCUCGCGUCGUGCAUCGCGCGGAGGUCUCCAUCCUGGAGCCCAAUUCCAUCAACUCUAGCAACAGCAUGAUGGGGAGUGGCCUCCCACCCCACGUCCCCCCUAAAGCAGCCCUGGGCAGCACUCACACUGCUACAGUCACCAUCUACGACGACGACCACGCCGGCAUUUUCACAUUCGAGAGUAAUUCCACGCGGGUCAGCGAGAGCAUCGGCAGCAUGCAGAUGAAGGUGCACCGGACCUCCGGCGCCAGGGGUAAAGUGGCCGUUCCCUACCACACGGUAGAGGGCACCGCCAAGGCAGGGGAGGACUACGAGGAGGUGGUCGGCAAGCUGGAGUUUCAGAACGACGAGACCAUGAAGCUGCUGGACGUGAAGAUCAUUGAUGACGAGGAGUAUGAGAAGAACAAGACCUUCACCGUCGUUUUGGAGGAGCCAAUACUGCUGGAAGUGGGACAGAAACACGGAGACUCCAAUGAUAACAAGCCAGCGGCCGGGCUGGAGGACGUGGCGAAGAUGGGCUGCCCCAGUCUAGGAGAGCACACCAAGCUGGAAGUCGUCAUCGAGGAGUCUUAUGAAUUCAAGAACACGGUGGAUAAGCUCAUUAAGAAGACUAACCUUGCUCUGGUGGUUGGCAGCAGUAGCUGGAGGGAGCAGUUUGUCAGCGCCGUCACUGUCAGCGCAGGUGACGAUGACGAGGAGGAGAGCGGGGAAGAGCGUCUGCCAUCCUGCUUUGAUUACAUCAUGCACUUCCUGGCAGUGUUCUGGAAAGUUCUCUUUGCAUUCGUCCCGCCCACAGAGUACUGGAAUGGCUGGGCCUGCUUUUUUGUGUCCAUUUCUCUGAUUGGUGUCCUGACAGCCGUUACUGGUGACCUGGCCUCCCAUUUCGGCUGCACAGUCGGUCUCAAAGACUCGGUCACCGCUGUGGUGUUUGUGGCCCUCGGCACUUCUGUCCCAGACACAUUCGCGAGCAAAGUGGCCGCCAUCCAGGACCAAUACGCCGACGCCUCCAUUGGGAACGUCACGGGCAGCAACGCGGUUAACGUGUUCCUGGGCAUCGGCGUGGCGUGGACCAUCGCGGCCGUGUACUGGAAGACCAAGGGGAAGACGUUCCACGUGGAGCCGGGCUCGCUGGCUUUCUCCGUCACCGUCUUCACUGUCAUGGCGCUGGGGUGCGUGCUGGUGCUGCUGUACCGCCGCCGUGCCAGCGUGUCGGGGGGCGAGCUCGGGGGCCCACGGACAGCCAAGCUCCUCACCAUGCUCCUGUUCCUCUCCCUCUGGUUCAUCUACAUCCUGCUGGCCUCCUUAGAGGCCUACUGCCAUGUGCCCGGCUUCUGA